AUGUCAGACCUGGACAACGACUCUGUUCAGAAUGUCGAGAUUGGGAUCGUCGGCAGCGGGUCCAUGGGAGGGGGCAUGACGAUGCUGUUUGCCGAGCACGGCUCAGUCGUCGGCUGCUUUGACAAGGACCCCGAGCCGGUCAAGAAGAUCCUCAAAACCGCAGAGGAGACCGACUCGGUCGACAACGCCAAGGUCCACGGCUUCUCGUCCCUCGAAAAGCUGGUCAACGCGUUCCCGAAGGAUAACAGCAAGCCCAGGAUCUUUGUCCUGAGUCUACCGCACGGCAAGCCGGUCGAUGGGAUUGCGGACGAGCUGCUGCCGCUCCUCAGCAAGGGCGAUAUUGUCAUUGAUGGGGGGAAUGAGUGGUGGGAAGCAACCGAAAGGCGGCAGAAGAAGGCAGAGGAGGUCGGUGUGGAGUGGGUCGGAAUGGGCGUCAGCGGAGGAUACCAAGCUGCCCGGAGAGGCCCAUCCAUGUCGCCCGGCUGCAACAACCCCAAGACGUACGAGACGAUCAAGCCUCUGCUCGAGAAGUGGGCGGCCAAGACCAAGGACGGCGAGCCAUGUGUCGAGUACAUUGGUCCAGGCGGAGCGGGAAACUAUGUCAAGAUGCUGCACAACGGUAUCGAACAUGCCCACCUCUCCAUCCUCUGCGAGACCCGCGGCCUACUCUACCACCAGCUCGGCAUGUCGAAUGCCGAGAUCGCUGAUCUUUUCGAGUCGUGGUUCAAGGACGGCGGACUCAGGGGGAACUUCCUUGUUGGGAUCGGCUACAAGGGGUUGCGUUUCACGCAUGGGGACGGGAUCGAUGAUGAGGGAGGAAUUGUUGACCACAUCGAGGACAAGGUGACCCAAGACGUCGAUCUGUCAGAGGGUACCGGGACCUGGUCGACAAUGGAGAUCGCCACACGCCACGUCGCCGCACCUGCUAUCGCUGCGUCACACCAGCUCCGCGUCAUCUCGGCCGACAAGGGCGAGCGACUCAAGGUGGUCGAGAACUUGAAGAUGCCUGAGCCGUCCAAGUCAGACAAGAAGGUGGACCCAGAGUUCCUCAAGGUGGUUGAGAAGGCGGUAUACGGCUGCAUUCUCGGCGCCUUCGUACAGGGAUUGGAUAUCAUCACUCGUGCUUCGGAGGACCAGAAGUGGAACGUCAGCCUUGCGACUUGCAUGCGGAUCUGGCGAGCCGGCUGCAUCAUCCAGUCUGACGCCAUCUCUGAGUUCCUCCUCCCCCUGUUCGAGCCAUUUGGACCCUCCAAGCCCCUCAACAUCCUCCAGGCUGUCCCCGAAGUCGCGCAGGCACUUAGGGAGACCUACGAGCCGAUCAAGCAGCUCUAUCGGGUAGCCCUUGACACGGACGCCGUUGCACCGGCCAUCGCGGCGACGCUGGAGUGGCUCAAGAGUGUCGGUGGGGCCCGAUUGCCGACUGACUUUGAAGAGAUGGAGCUUGACUACUUUGGCCACCACAACUAUGAUAUCGUCGGUCAGACAGAAUUUGGCCACAAAAAGGGCAAGCACCACACCGAGUUUGCACCGGCGUGA